AUGGUGCAUUGCAUGAAUAUUACAGGGGCAAAUGCAACUACCAUCACCAUGAAAAACAGCUGCCAAAGACCCAUCUGGCCAGCAACCCUAACCGGCGACCAGAAACCUCAACUCUCAACAACCGGUUUCGAGUUAGCACCCGACGCUAGCCGUUCCGUGGACAUCCCAGGGGGACGUUGGACCGGCCGUUUCUGGGGCCGAGAUCGUUGCUCAACCGACGCAUCCGGCAGGUUCAAGUGCGCCUCCGGCGACUGUGGAUCCGGUAGGGUGGAGUGCAACGGUGCAGGCGGAGCCCCUCCGACCACUCUGAUCGAACUGACCGUCGAAGGAAGCGGAGGACAAGAUUUCUACGACGUGAGCAGCGUGGACGGGUUCAACAUUCCCGCCUCGGUUGUGCCACAAGGUGGUAGAGGUGAAUGCAAGCAGUCAUCGUGCCCGGCCAACAUCAACUCCGCCUGCCUGGCUCAGCUCCAGGUGAAAUCUGGAAACGACGUCGUUGGGUGUCUGAGCGCUUGCACCAAGUUCAACGAGGACAAGUACUGUUGUAGAGGGGCUCAUGAUAAGCCAGAGACAUGUCCUCCGAGUGAAUUUUCUAAAUUCUUCAAGGAUCAAUGCCAUGAAGCUUACAGCUACGCUUAUGAUGACAAGACCAGCACCUUUACUUGCUUCAGUGGACCUACUAACUAUCUCAUCACUUUCUGCCCAUGA